AUGAGCGAGGUUAUAAUUGAUUUCAGUACUUUCGAGAACCGACUGCUGGCCCUGCGUGACCGUUUUCCGUCGUUUGAUGGGUCGCCAUCAAGUCUGGUGUUUAUUCUGGGCUCUGCAGAUGAGGAAAACCCCUAUCAAAAAACCACAAUCCUUCACAAUUGGUUGCUUGGCUACGAGUUUCCUACUACCCUUAUUGCGGUGUUCAAGGAGGGGUGUGUGGUGAUCACCAGCGCUGCGAAAACGCGUUACUUGGAGGAGGGCGUGGCGCAGAUGAACAAGAAGCUGGAAAACACGUUCAAGAUCGAGUUGUGGCAGAGCAGCAAGGAGCCAGGGCAUAAUUUGAAGCUGUUUGAGGACCUGGUGGAGCGCGUUCGCGAGGCUGGUAGCGCGGUUGGGCUUGCGACAAAGGACUCGUACCAGGGCAAGUUUAUCACGGAGUGGAAGGGCGUGUGGGAUACUGCUGUGGAGAAACACGGCCUGAACGGCGUUGACGUCUCUCUGGGAUUGUCGAGUCUCUGGGCGGUCAAGGACGAGAAGGAACAGGCCUAUCUGCAGGUGUCCAGUAGAGGCUCAGACAAGUUCAUGAACCUUCUGUCGGAUGAGUUGGUCCGCGCAGUCGAUGAGGAGAUAAAGAUUACCGAUGCAAAACUUUCAGAUAAUGUCGAAAACGAGAUUGACAAGUCUAGGUUUCUAAAAAAGCUAUCUCCCGAGCUGACUCCACUCUGCCCCAAGGGUGAAAAGUUCGAUGUCAACUACUUAGAUUGGGCUUACUCACCAAUCAUACAAUCUGGCCCCAAAUAUGAUCUCAGAGUCUCUGCACGGUCUUCUGAAACUCAGUUAGAUGGGAAUGGUUGUAUUUUGGCAUCCUGUGGAAUUAGGUACAAAAACUACUGCUCUAACAUCUCAAGAACUUUUCUAAUUGACCCCUCUGAUGAGAUGACGGAUAAUUAUGACUUUUUGUUACUACUGCAGGAAGAGAUAAUUAAUAACCUUUUGAGAGUCGGCGCCACGCCAAAGCAGAUAUACGAUGGCGCUGUAAACUAUAUUAAUAGCAAGAAACCGGAGCUCUCAGCUGGAUUUACGAAAAAUGUCGGUUCAUUAAUGGGGCUGGAGUUUCGGGAUUCUCAAUUUGUUUUGAACAACAAGAAUGACUAUCGGAAGGUGGAAAAUGGCGACUGUUUCAAUAUUUCUUUGGGCUUCAAUAACCUUAAGGAUUCGAAGACAGGAGCAAGCUACGCCUUGCAGCUUGCAGAUACGGUUCAGCUAACAAGCGGCGGGCCCAAAGUCCUAACGAACUAUACCAAGUCGAGAUCACAAAUAUCUUUCUACUUUAACAACGAGGACGACGGGACAACCAAAGUCAAGUCAGAAGAGUCGAAGACAGCCUCUAUACCUACUAAACCGGAUCCCAAGUCCAAGAUUUUAAGAAGUAAGCUACGUGGAGAAUCACGUGCAGAGGAUGAUGAGAAGGAGCAGAUCCGUAAGGAAAACCAGAGGAAGCUGCAUGAAAAGCUUCAGAGAGAGGGCUUAUUGAGGUUCACUGAUACUGAUGCCGCGGAUAAGGAUCAGAAACCGGUCGUUCACUUUAAGAAGUAUGAAUCAUACGUUAGAGAAACUCAGAUUCCAAACACAGUCCGUGAUUUAAGAAUCCAUGUUGAUUGGAAGAACCAGACUUUCAUUUUGCCAAUCUAUGGUCGGCCAGUUCCGUUCCACAUUAACUCAUAUAAGAAUGGUUCGAAGAAUGAAGAAGGCGAGUAUACCUAUAUCAGACUAAACUUCCACUCUCCUGGAACCGGAGGCGUCAGUAAAAAGACGGAGGAACUCCCCUACGAAGACAGCCCUGACCACCAGUUUGUCCGCUCUUUGACCUUGCGUUCAAAGGAUGGAGAUCGUAUGGCAGAUAUAUUUAAGCAAAUUACUGAACUGAAGAAGGAAUCUACGAAGAGAGAGCAGGAACGGAAAGUCCUUGCCGAUGUUGUUGAGCAGGCAAAAUUAGUCGAGAAUAGAACAGGAAGAACAAAGAGAUUGGAUCAGAUAUUCGUGAGACCCAGUCCAGAUACGAAACGUGUGCCUGGUACAGUGUUUAUUCAUGAGAAUGGUAUAAGAUACCAGUCGCCUCUGAGAACGGAUAGUCGAAUUGACAUAUUGUUUUCAAAUGUCAAGAAUUUGUUUUUUCAGCCGUGCAAAGGUGAGCUAAUUGUUAUUAUACAUAUUCACCUAAAGAAUCCAAUCUUAAUGGGUAAGAAGAAAAUCCAAGAUGUACAAUUCUAUCGCGAAGCUUCGGAUAUGGCUGUGGAUGAAACCGGCAAUGGAAGACGCAAUCAAAUGAAAUUUAGGAGAUACGGCGAUGAGGAUGAAUUGGAACAAGAACAGGAAGAAAGGAGAAAGCGUGCCGCGUUAGAUAAAGAAUUCAGGUAUUUUGCUGAGGCCAUUGCCGAGGCUUCCAAUGGACUAGUAGAAGUUGAUCAUCCAUUUAGAGAUUUGGGUUUCCAAGGUGUUCCAAGUAGGUCUGCUGUUUUCUGUAUGCCCACAAGAGACUGUCUAAUCCAGUUGGUUGAACCUCCAUUCCUCGUUGUUAACCUAAGCGAAGUUGAGAUAUGUAUCUUGGAGAGGGUCCAAUUCGGUUUAAAGAACUUCGAUAUGGUUUUCGUUUACAAAGAUUUCACGAAACCGGUUACGCAUAUCAACACCAUACCAAUUGAACAACUGGAGUUCAUCAAAUCAUGGUUAACUGAUGUUGACAUCCCAUAUACCGUUUCGACUAUUAACUUGAACUGGGCUACAAUUAUGAAGUCCCUUCAGGAUGACCCUCAUCAAUUCUUUUUAGAUGGCGGUUGGUCCUUUUUGGCUACCGGUUCAGAUGACGAAAUGUCUGGAACUAGUGAAGAAGAGGUUAGCGAAUACGAGGUUUCGGACGAAGAUCCUUCGGACGAAGAGGUUGAUUCAGAAGACGAUUAUUCAGAGGGUGAUAAUGAGGAAUUUAGCGACGAAGGUAGUGAAGACUUUAGUGGUGAAGAAAGCGAAGAAGGUGAAGAUUGGGAUGAACUGGAAAAGAAAGCUGCGAAAGCCGAUCGUGGUAAUAGGUUUGCAGACUAA